UGUACCAUCUCACUCAGAACACACACUCACACUCUCCUAUACUGAGUAUUGAUUAUUAGUUUAUUUUUAUCAUUAUUAUUAUUGAUCAGCUGUAGGAUCCUGAGGAUGGAGGCUGGAGUGUGGUUCACGAUGUUCGGGGUUCUGCUGGCCGUGACUGGGACGGGUCACUGCGUUCAGGAGGGAGAGGUUCUGGAGCCGAGCGGCCGGCUGACCAUGGAUUCAGAGGAGAACCUUCCAGAGAACCUGGUCAGUGAGGAGGAAGUUGGUCGUAUUAUGGAGGACCGUCUGCUGACCUCAGUACUGCGCUCUCUUCUCCACGGAUCUCAGAGACACACCCGCAACCCUUCAGUCCUGCAUCAGCCUCAGCGAUUUGGUCGGGGUACUCGAGGGGACCUGCCCGCAGAGGAGAGGAUACAGUCACGAGACUGGGAGACCGUCCCGGGGCAGAUCUGGAGCAUGGCAGUCCCUCAGAGAUUCGGCAAAAAGUAGAACAGGAUCAGACCAGACCAAGCAUUACAGACCAUCACCACACCUCCAUACAUCAUACCUCACCUCACCUCACACCACCUGCUGCUCUCUGUUAGAUUCACCUGUUUGAGUGUUAAUAUAUAAUCUAUAUCAAUAAAAUAAACAUAUAAUAUAGAACCAUGUGCCAUAAAUAAGUCAGCUAUUCAUUAGUUAUCAAUUAGUUAUCAAUUAGUUAUCAUAGAAAAUGUACAGGAAUCAGAAAGUGGAAUAAAAAUGAGUUUUAAAAAGGAAAAGAAA